AUGGGCCUCGCCACGCUCCUUUCGCUGGGGCUCGGCGCCGCGACCGCCGUGUCUCAGGUCGCGGCCGCCAGCGGCACCGUCUGGGCGACGCCGCACGACAGCUACUCGUCGUCGGUCGGCGUGCUGGGCUGCCGCAUCGACACGGACCGCGUGGCCUACUGGCCCAGCUCGGUCGACUGCACCAACCUCUGCGUCUCGCUGAGCUACGAGGGCCGCUCCGUCAAGCUGCUGCGCGUCGACCAGUCCCAGGGCGCCCACGACGUCUCCUACGACGCCUGGAACUACCUGUACACGGGCUACGGCGCCACCGAGAAGCCCGCCGCCGGCGGCGCCGUCGCCAUGGAGUACGAGGACCUGCACCCCUCCGAGUGCGCCGACCUCAUCCACACCGACGGCGGCAAGCUGCCGCUCAGCGCCUCCAACAGCAUGAACUUCCUCGCCAGCUGCCUGGCCCAGGAGGGCAGCUGGGUCUCCAAGAACUAUGUGCUUUACAACAUCCUGGACUCGAUCUGCUCCUGGGGCUACGACGAGGAGUGCACCCUGGACUGGCCCGCCGCCAACCAGGCCAAGUGCGCGAACCCGCUCGGCACGCCGGUGACUCUGACGUCGGAGCCGGUUUACAACAUUCAGUACCCUUCCGGGCAGAAAGUGCUCGCCUCGACAGGGCAGGUGGCCAGCAGCGAUGCGAAGAAUGGAAGCGUGAGCUUUGGGACACGACUUACGACGCCGUCCGUCAUAUUUGUGGGCGCAGUGACGGCAAUGUUAUGCCAAGCUAUUUUAUGUUUGAUAUGA